AGGUGGCGCUUUCAAAACCAGGCGCAAAGACAACCGAAGAAGAACUAAAUCCCCCAGCUAAACCAUUAGACAUCCUAUCAAUCUAUAUAAUAUAUAAAGUACAUUCUGGUUAGUGCGAAUUGAUCACAACACAUCACACAGUUAUCAGACAUGAAAUUGUAUUGUUUGUCUGGUCAUCCAACGUUGCCUUGCAAUGUCCUCAAGUUUAAAUGCACCACCAUCAUGCUGGACUGUGGGCUGGACACCAGCUCAGCUCUGUGCUUCCUCCCACUGCCUCUGGUGCACAGUCCAAGACUGUCCAAACUCCCAGGAUGGGUCUCCAAGGAUGGAACAGUGAACCUUGAGAAAGAGUUAAAGGAGUGCGCCGGUCGUGUGUUUGUGGACUCCGAGCCAGAGUUUUGUCUUCCUGAGAGAGAGCUGCUGGACCUGUCGACUAUCGACGUCAUCCUGAUUUCUAACUAUCACUGCAUGAUGGCUCUGCCCUACAUCACCGAGCGCACCAGCUUCUCAGGCACCGUUUACGCCACCGAGCCCACCUUCCAGAUCGGCAGACUGCUGAUGGAGGAGCUGGUUAACUUCAUGGAAAGAGUUCCAAAGGCUCAGACUGCCACUUGCUGGAAGAACAAGGAAAUACAAAGGAUGCUGCCUGGGCCUUUGAAGGACGCAGUGGAGGUGUGGUCGUGGAAGAAGUGCUAUAGCAUGCAGGAAGUGAACUCUGCUCUCAGUAAAGUGCAGCUGGUGGGCUACUCGCAGAAAGUGGAGUUGUUUGGUGCAGUGCAGGUCACCCCUCUGAGCUCCGGCUACUCCCUGGGCAGUUCAAACUGGAUCAUCCAGUCUCACUAUGAGAAAGUGUCCUAUGUCUCCGGCUCGUCGUUGCUCACCACACACCCUCAGCCCAUGGACCAGAGCUCUCUGAAGAACAGUGAUGUUUUGAUCCUUACCGGCCUGACCCAGAUUCCCACGGCCAAUCCGGACGGCAUGCUGGGUGAAUUCUGCAGCAACCUGGCAAUGACAGUCCGAGCUGGGGGGAACGUUUUGGUGCCGUGUUACUCCUCUGGUGUGAUUUACGACCUGUUGGAGUGCCUCUACCAGUUCAUGGAUUCUGCUAAUCUGGGCAACACCCCUUUUUACUUCAUCUCACCUGUGGCCAACAGCUCACUGGAGUUCUCCCAGAUUUUCUCAGAGUGGCUAUGUCAGACUAAACAGUCCAAGGCUUACCUUCCUGAACCUCCUUUCCCACAUGCUGAGCUGAUCCAAACCAACAAGCUGAAACAUUAUCCGAGCAUCUACGGCGAGUUCAGCAGCGACUUCAGACAGCCGUGUGUGGUGUUUACGGGGCAUCCAUCCCUGCGCUUCGGGGACGUAGUACACUUCAUGGAACUGUGGGGCAAAUCCAGCCUCAACACCAUCAUCUUCACCGAGCCUGAUUUCUCCUACUUGGACGCUUUGGCUCCCUACCAGCCACUGGCCAUGAAGUGUGUGUACUGCCCCAUUGACACACGCCUCAACUUCCACCAGGUUUCCAAACUUCUGAAGGAGGUUCAGCCACUUCACGUGGUGUGUCCAGAGCAGUACACUCAGCCUCCUCCCUCUCAGUCUCACCGGUCUGAUCUUAUGUUGGAGCUCCAGCCUCCACCUCUGCCUUACAGCCGAUGCUCCGUCCUCAACCUGCCUUUCCAUCGCACAUAUGAACGUGUACAACUUCUGCCCGAGCUUGCCAAAACUCUUGUACCAUCUGAGAUUAAACCCGGCAUCUCUGUGGCAAACGUGUCGGCGGUUCUGCAAUCCAAGGACAACAAGCACAUCCUUCAGUUGGUGCCCAAGCCUGCUCCUGUGGCUCCCAGUAAGAAGAGGAAAAGGCUGAUGGACGAGGUUCCGGAGCUGACGAGCCCGAAGCCCCUGCUGAGUGGAGCUGUGCCUCUGGAGGCCUUCCUCGCCUCACUGCACAAGAGCGGAAUCUCCGAGGUGAAGGUGGAGGAGACGGCGGACGGUCACAUCCUGCACCUGCAGGCCGAGGACGCGCUCAUCCAGCUGGAGGAGGACGCGACGCACAUCGUGUGUGACAACAACGAGCCGUUGCGCACUGCUCUCAGAGACCUGGUGCUCCGCUUCCUGCAAAAACUCUGACCUCUGACAUUUUGAGCGUGGACUCGAUGCCCCUGUAUGCAGUGCGGCUGCAUACAGCAUGCUGAUGAUUCAGUGGCUCAGUAGCAGUGAGCAGUGAGCGAUGGGACGUGGUUUAAGUGGAAGCACAAUCUCACUGUAAACAUCAGAGUGAUGGAAUGUCUGAAUAGCUGAAUAAUGCGCUUCACAUUCCCUUAUUAAAAGACACGAGCCAGCAUUCCUAAAUGACAUCAGUGUCCAAAACCUGAGCCAUUUGAAGAUUCCCAGAAUGCCCCGGAUAAAAGUACAGUAAACAUCAGGUUUGACGAUAAAAUACAAAUAACUCGGCCUUAAAAAAUGAACAAGGUGGUUUUUUUUUUCUAUUUAAUAAAUCAGUUUUAGUAAUA